AUGGUGGACGUACUGAACGUGACGGACUUAGACUUGGAAUGUACAUUUGAAAAAGAUUUAGUGGAUGCCUUACGAGAAGUAGUAGAUGGUUCAAAUUGGCAGUGUAUUGGCCAUGCAGAUGAAUAUUUGGAUAAACAUUGUAGUGUGUUAUACGCGAUAAAUGAAGACCCUACAGAACGAAACGAUAAUAUUGCUAUUUUUAGUGUUGGGACUAAAGGCACGUUAUACGCUAUAGACACUGUCUGUCCCCACGAAGGAGGACCCUUGGAGUUGGGCGAUAUUGAAGACCUCGACGGUUCACCUGUGUUAUAUUGUCCCUGGCAUCAUUAUGAUUUUAACUUGAAAACGGGCAAGUCUUCAACAGGUUUGGAGCAACAGACACAUGAACUCAGAAUUGUGGAUAAUAAACUAUACAUCAAUGCAGAUGUAAAGCUUUCAAGAUCUCCACGUUCAUUAUCAUCAGAAACAGAACAAACACCAGAAGUAUUUCCACUGAAUAUGAAAGUCAAUAGCCAGCCAUCAAAAGUUCAUCAGUUCUGUAAUGACUCUCUUUGUGAAUGGGCUGUCAAGAUUCUUAAUACAGCAGAUCCAGAUGAAAAGAUCAACCUCACUUACCAAGUUGCUAAUAGAUGGGAAACUGGUGACAUAAAUCAUGUUGGUCAAUGCUCACCACCUGACCAGCCUUGUCGAAUAGAAAACUUGAAAGUUGUUUCAGCAGGAAAAACUAAGCGACUUGGUAAAGCUGGAAGUUUGGGUUCUAGAAUCAGUUUAAUCCACUCAUUGGCUAAUAUAGAACAGUGGGCCAUCGAUCUAUCUUGGGACAUUAUUGCUAGGUUCUCAGGUACAACUCAAAAUAAUGGACAAGCACUUCCAAAAGACUUUUUCUCAGAUUUUGUAAAAGUUGCCAAAGAUGAAGCAAAGCAUUAUAAGAUGUUAUCUUCCAGGCUGAAAACAUUAGGUAGUCAAUUUGGUGAUCUUCCAGUUCAUAAUGGUUUAUGGGAGUCAGCUCAAGAGACAUCUCAUAGUUUGUUAAGUAGAUUAGCUAUUGUACACAUGGUGCAUGAAGCAAGGGGUCUUGACGUUCACCCCAAAACCUACAGAAGGUUUCUUAAUAGUGGUGACCAAGAAACUGCAGAAUUACUUGAAGUACUCUACAAAGAUGAGAUAACACAUGUUGCUGCUGGCAUAAAGUGGUUUAGCUUUUUAUGUGAAAGCACAGUUCCUCCUCUAGAUAAAAUUCCUGUUUUUCAUGAGUUGGUUAGAAAACACUUCAGAGGUUACCUCAAGCCCCCUUUUGACACAGCAGGUAGAAAACAAGCUGGCAUGACUGAAGCAGACUCUAAGACAUGACAAGUGUGUAAAUGAAGUUGUUUUUUCUUGCAGUGGUACCUUCCAUUAGUGAAGCAAAGCUGAUUAGUGUAAUAGUUAUUAAUAGAAUGCAUAGAGAUGUUUUUUUAUUAAUUUAUUAUUUUUUCAUGACUACUACGUAGGUAUGUACAUAUUUUU